AUGUCGCUCAAACGAAAUUUUACUCUCCAUGAUGGAGAAAGUUUACAUCGAAAUGUGCAAAAUCAUGAAAAAUCCCAUGUGCGACGAAGAAUCGCCAUACAAAAUGAAGGUCUCGAUCUUCAAGCCGACCGCCCGACAACAGAUGAUUUACAGCUGUGGCCAUCGGCGGUGAACUCUGCAUCAGAGCAACUGGGCGGCGCGUAUACCAGCCGAAAUGAAUUGAUAACAGAAACUGAGGCUGCUCCAGUUAAGGAGCAGAUAUGUUUUGGAAUGCUAGUACACGAAAAAGUCAAGUUGGUCGGCAAGGGGGAACACCUGCGUGGUAAAAUCAUGGCGCUUAAGCAAAGUAACUUGAAUUUGCUACGUCAAGUUUUCCAAAUCAAACCCUCUGCUGCCGGAGAACUGUUUCUCAUAUUCCCAGAUGGCACAGAAUUUGGAUAUAUGUCAGAAAAAGCGAAGCGAACGUUUGGUCAGUUGAUAGAAUUGUCUCAAUUGGAAUUCGAAACGUGGAUAUCUCUUACUUCUAUUCUGGAUGUGUUGAGGUUGGCCGAAACGUCUGCCGAGGCGGCAAUCCGCGUGGAUGUCCAUGUCUAUGGCCUUGAAACUCGACAAGAUCAGAUCGGCAGACAGAUCUCGAGGAUAAGGUACGAUAAUCCACAUAUCCUACGAUUCGAUGACGAAAAGGAGUCAGAUGUCGAGGAGGAGGGAAAUUUUGCUGAGGAGGAAGCGGAAUCCAACUUAUCUGUUGAGGGAGACGAAGACUUUCAGGAAAUAAUUGCGACUGUUUCCAAUCUCUAA